CCAGGUUGACGCGGGGUCCGUGAAAACUGAGUUUUUCUCUUGCAGAUCGUACCAUUUGAAUAUUAGAAAACAAGAAACAUGUUGACCCUCUUCCAGAAUUUUUUUGCUUGUCUAAAAUUCUUAAUGAUUGGCAUCAAUGGCAUCAUAACUGUUGCUGGCUUUGUACUACUAGGAUUUGGGACCUGGGUCAAAGUUCAUACCUCUUCUGUUCUACAAAUCUUAGGAUCGGGCGCAUCACAUUUUUCCCAUGUUGGCUAUUUCCUUAUUGUUGCAGGUUGUUUACUUGCAUUCAUAGGGAUUAUUGGAUGCUGUGCUGCUGCCAGGGAGAACAAGCUACUUUUGUUACUGUUCUUCAUUGUCGUGCUAACGAUUUUCAUUGGGGAAAUAAUCUGUGUAGCUGUCGUCCUGGUGUUUCGGUCAAUUGGUUCAUGUUUAAUGAAAGAGGAGGCUUAUAGUUUGUUGAAGCACAACUAUACUGGAUAUGGUGAUGAAAAUAUUGCAAGUUAUGGAUGGGACACUGCCAUGAUCAGCUUUCAUUGCUGUGGCAUGAAUAAUCACACCGAUUUUAUUGGAUCAAAAUAUCAAAAGGUAACACAGCGCAAUUAUCCCAAGAGUUGCUGCAAAGAUCCUAAAUCUUCUAACUGUGAUGGAAAGGACACCUCAGAAGCUGUUAUCUAUCAAAAGGGCUGCCUCGAAUCCAUGAUUGCAAUGAUCAAAAGAAACAGUUCAGUUAUUGGUGGAGUUGCUAUUGGGAUCGGGGUAUUAGAGUUGAUAUCGUUGGUCAUUUCAUUGGCAUUAUUUAUCAACCUUUUCCAGAAGCAAACAGCUAUAACCGUUUGA